CAAUUAUUUUACAUGCAUUUUAGUUUAGUAUUCAGUACAAACUUUUAGUGUUUAAAAUGAAUAUAAAAUCAUUAUUGUUAUUAACUAUUUUAUUUAAAAAUUGUGUUAGUUUAAAAAUACUAGCAUUGUAUCCCAAUGUAAUGAUAAGUCAUUAUUUGGUGUUUGAACCAUUGUUUCACGAAUUGGCAAACAGAGGACAUAAUGUCACAAUAGUGAGUUCAUUCCAAAAAGAACAAAAUUAUCCCAACAUUAGAUUUAUCGAUGUUAAUGAUGGUAACAAAAAGCCUCAUGAAAUGUUACCAAUGAAUUUUUUUAAUGGAGGGCGAAUUAGCAAGUACUUUGAACUCUAUCAAUUGGCCAGAACAGGCUUAGAAAUAUGCAAUGCGUACAAGAACAGUAAAAACAUAAAAUCAUUCCUCGAAGAAAAUAAUAAGUACGACCUUAUUAUAGUCGAAUUAUUCAAUACUUAUUGCCAUUUCGGAGUAUUGAAACAAAAUAAAGCAGUCAAUAUAGGUUUGUCCUCAACCGAUAUGCUCCCUUGGAUGAACCAAUGGUUCGGAAAUCCGGAAAAUCCCUCCUACAUUCCCACACUCUUUCUGGAUUAUAACGAUGAAAUGACGUUCCUGCAAAGAGUCGAAAACACUCUAAUGUGGGCAUACUCCAAAUUCAUCCACGAGUACUGGAUAGCUCAAGUAGGAAAUGAAUUUUCCAAAAAACAUCUAGGUGUAGAUUUGUACGAAGGCGGCGAUGCCCUAUACAAUAUUAGCCUUUUGUUGUUGAAUAGGCAUUUCACUUAUCAUACUCCUAGGCCUCUUUCGCCUAAUGUAAUAGAAGUUGGUGGGAUACAUAUCAAGAAGCCAAAACCACUGCCAGGUAAUUUGGCAAAAAUAGUAGAAGGUUCUCCUAACGGCGUGAUUUUCAUGAGCAUGGGUUCAACCUUAAAAGGCAGCAGUUUUCCGGAAGCCCAAAGAAAAAUGUUUAUAAAAGUUUUUUCCGUUCUAAAGCAAACUGUCAUUUGGAAAUGGGAAGAUGAGAUGAAGGACUUACCCAAAAAUGUAUUAACCCAAAAAUGGAUACCACAAUUAGAUAUGUUAUGUCAUCCCAAUGUAAAAUUAUUCAUUACUCAAGGCGGAUUGUUGAGUACUCAAGAAGCAGUGCAUUGCGGAGUACCGAUGUUGAUGCUUCCACAAUUUGCUGAUCAGCAUUACAAUGCAGCCGCACUCAAGAAAACAGGAGCAAUAGCAUUAAAAUUGAGGACAACGAACGAGGAGGAAUUACUAAACUCGAUCAAAAAAUUAUUAACUGCAGAAUCGGCUAACAACGCUAAAGAGUUAGCACAGCUAUUUAAUGAUAGACCUAUGUCCCCAAUGGAUACUGCUAUUUAUUGGAUAGAAUAUGUUGCUAAAUACAAAGGAGCACCAUUUAUGAGAACAAAAGUAACCGAUUUAUCGUAUUAUCAGUACCUGCUUUUAGAUGUGAUAGGAUUUUUAUUACUAAUUGUUGCAGCAGGAGCAUAUUUGUUACUUACGAUAUUGAAAUUAGUAAAAAAAUUGCUAUUUAAAAAGUCUGUAGCAAAGUUAAAGAAACAGUAAUUUGGUAUAUAGGUAACAGGUGUGGUAGCAAGUAGUUUGAUAACAGGUAUGUUGGUAUGUCAACGAACAAAUUUUAA